AUACGGGCACACUGGUCGGACUCAGAGAUUCAGAGAUUCCAGGUCGUCAACAAUUGCGCACUAAAUUUUCCGUAAAAAACAAACAAAGUCGACCGUUCGGACUUAUCUACUGAGGAUAUAUAGACGACAGCACAGCCAUGACAAUUCUGGGCAAACUGCGGGGGGAGAUUACGGACCAGGAGAAGGUUCCCCUCCCGAUGAACCUGAACGACGAGGCGCUGAUGCACCAUGGCUCCCUAAUCGCACCCAAGGUCGUUUACAGCGACAAUGAGGCGGACACCGAAUCGAUGGUCUUCAACCGGCCGCAGCACCAUUGCCUCAAGUCCUUUCUGCUGUUCCUGAUCGCCGUGGUGGUGAUGCUCCUGGGAGUCCUGGGAGGAUGGACCCUCUACCGCGUGUACGCCCCCCCGCAUGGCAGCAUGCGUUACCACGCCCUGUGCGAGAUUCCCUAUCCGGAGGACUCGAUGGAGAUGGCACGCGUGUAUCCGCGCACCGAGGGACCCUUCGCCCUCAACUGGCGCUCCCUGCUGCCCGACUUCGGGCCCAAGAUGCCCGAUCUCGAGGACAACUUCUUCCGCGAGGACAUCGAGCUGGAUGGCGACAGCGACGACGAGGGCUACGCCCGCGUGGAUGUGCCCGACUUCAAGGACGGACGACGGGGUCGCUUCAUGCACGACUUCAAGGAGAACCAGUCGGCCAUCAUCGACACCACCACCGGCAGGUGCUUCAUCAUGCCCCUGGACAGGGACACCACCCUGCCGCCCACCAGCUUCGUGGAUCUGAUGAAAAAAAUGGGCACUGGCUACUACAACAUCGAUACGGAGCGCGUGCGGCGCCAGAUGCGCGUGGUCACGCCCAGGAUAACCGAUCUUUCGCUCAUCUCGGAGCGGAUUGCCAACGAGUGCUACGACAUGAAGGUCUACAUGAUGGAGAAGUACAUCUCGGGAGUUUCGAAGAGAUCCGCUGAUCCUCUCCCAGAAUCCGGCAAGUACGCCGAAUUCAUGGGCAAGGGCGUCAUCGAGUACGACCUGUCGAAUAUCGCCGAGGUGGAGGCCUACGAGGCCAACGAGGCCAAGCAGGAGGCCUGAGCGGAAUGAAAUGGAUCUUUUAAGCUAAAAAACAAAAACACCCCAUAUAAGAAUACACAACCUAAACAAAUUAUUAAUUAGAAUCGAUUUAUACAUAUAGAGGAUGGAGAGGAGGAGAUCUAUUUCUGGUUCACCACUGGUUAGCAGGACAUGUAUCAUCAUUGGCCAAGCGAAAUAUAGCGAAUCAUAGACCAUAGAAGCGUAACGAACUUGUACCUAGAACGCAAUCAAAAGCGAUCGAUGAAAUUGUGACAAAUACGAGCAAUGUAUUAAGGAAAACGGAUGAGAUUGGAUUAAAGGAUUAGAGAGAUCGGUACAGAGACACACACUGCGGCAUUCCAAGUACAUAUUUUAUAUAUACGCUCUUAAACUAUUCUAACAAAUUAACGUGUAUAGACGGGAUUCGGAUCGAAGCUAUUUACAGGCAAAACCAAAACCAAAAACAAACCAGGAAACUAUCAGCAUGCGUCGCCAGACAGAGAAACCAACAAAUUAAUCUAAAUGUUCUUUAAAAACUACUUGAAUGUAUUAAACGCGAAUUUGUGAUCUUUAA